AGAAUAUAUGGUACAAAUAUGCAUACGGGACCAUAUUACUAAAUGCUAGUCGUACUAAGUUGUCCAUAUACACUUGAACACUUGUGACUUCCUAUCUAACAUCAUGUUUCAUGCCAACAUACUCAUAAUCUAUGAGCCUUUAAUUUUAAAAUGUCUUGUUGUUUAAAAAUGUAUGAACCCACAUGGAUUGGAGAAAGAAAGGACGAAAUUAUCUAUAUAAAUACUUGGGCUCAAGCUCAAUCUCUUCUCCAUUUCGAUUUGUGAGUUUGUUCCCAAUUGGCAACAAUGGCGGAGGAGGUGAAACUGUUGGAUUUUUGGCCCAGCAUGUUCGGGAUGCGUGUUAGAAUAGCUCUGGCUGAGAAGGGCGUGGCCUACGAAUAUGUGGAACAAGAUCUGAAAAACAAGACCCCUUUGCUUCUGGAGAUGAAUCCAAUUCACAAAAAGGUACCUGUUUUUGUUCAUAAUGGAAAACCCAUCAGUGAAUCUUCCAUUAUCAUUCAGUACAUUGAUGAAGUAUGGAAAGACAGAGCUCCUCUGUUGCCGUCUGAUCCUUACGAGAGGGCUCAAGCCAGGUUCUGGGUGGAUUUCAUCGACAAGAAGCUUUACAUUGAAACAAGGAAGAUAUACAUGAGCAAGGGAGAAGAGCAGGAGACAGGCAAGAAGGAGGUGAUAGCAAUUUUGAAGCAAGUGGAAGCAGUUCUUGGGGAGAAGGCCUACUUUGGAGGAGAGUGUUUGGGGUUCAUAGACAUUGCCUUGAUUGGAUUCACAUCUUGGUUUUAUAGCUACGAAACCAUUGGGAAUUUCAGCAUUGAAGCUGAGUGUCCCAAGAUCAUGGCUUGGGUGAAGAGAUGCCUGCAAAAGGAGAGCGUUUCAAGCUCCCUGCCUGACCCCAUCAAAGUCAUCACUUCUUGCUUCAAGUCAGGAAAGCACUUGGCCUUGACUAACCAAAUUGCUUCAGUCAGGAAGGACUUGGUGUGGAUCAAAAUGGAUGAAAUUUUUAGUGUUUGUGGUUGGGGUUUUGAUAUCUUCUCCCACUUUGAUGCAGCGUAGUAAGUCAUUGAAUAAAUGACAUAGCCAGCCUUAUGGUUAGCAUUAAAAAGUUUAAUUAAUCUAUAAGUUCUGUUUUUAAUAGAUUCUUGAGUGCGUUUCCGGUAUCAAGAACACGAUGAACUGACCCUUGAUAGAAAUCACUAAUCUCCACAAUAAUUUGAUAUUGUCCUUAAAAUCUUAAACCCGGACUCCCACGUGAUCCUUCCUCAAAACAAUGAGUCCACACCAUGUUGAAUGGUCCAUAGCAUUGGAAGUUGCAGAAAAUGGACUCUGUUUUCACCGCAUCCUUUCCCCUUUUGUCCUUUCUCUUCUCUCUCCACUAUUCCAUUUUGUCCCACUUUCUACAAAUGGGUCCACUCUCAAACUCACUCUCAAUCCCUCAAAACUCAUAGCCCUAAAGCGGCGCUCUCCCUUUGAGUUUCAUCUUCCCCAUUUGGCAACAAUGGCAGAGGAAGUGAAGCUCUUGGAUUUCUGGCCCAGCAUGUUCGGGAUGCGAGUCAAAGUAGCCCUGGCCAUGAAGGGCGUGGCCUACGAAUACGUAGAACAAGAUCUAAGAAACAAGAGCCCUCUGCUUCUGGAAAUGAACCCAAUCCACAAGAAAAUCCCUGUUCUUGUUCAUAACGGAAAACCCAUCUGUGAAUCAUCCAUUAUCGUUCAGUACAUCGAUGAAACGUGGAAGAACAGAGCUCCUCUGUUACCAUCUGAUCCAUACGAGAGGGCUCAGGCCAGGUUUUGGGUGGAUUUCAUCGACAAGAAGGUGUUUGAGAGUGGGAGGAAGAUCUGGGCUAGCAAGGGAGAGGAGCGUGAAGAAGGGAAGAAGGAGUUCAUGGGAAGCUUGAAGAAGCUGGAGGAAGUUCUUGGGGAGAAGGCUUACUUUGGAGGCGAGAAUGUGGGGUUUGUGGACAUUGUUUUGAUUGGAUACUACACCUGGUUUUACAGCUACGAGAGCAUUGGGAACUUGAGCGUUGAGGCAGAGUGCUCCAAGAUACUGGGAUGGGCUAAGAGAUGCUUGCAAAAUGAGAGCGUUUCUAACUCCCUGCCUGACCCCUUCAAGAUCUGUGACUUUGUGCUUCUAAUGAAGAAGAAGUAUGGCCCUGAAUGAAUGAAUGAACAAACAAACCAUGUGUGGACUAUCUCUAAUGUAUUUUGUAUGCUGAAAUAAAUUUGGGGUAUUUUGAUCUGUUAAA